UUGUGUCAGAAUAUUUACUUUUUACAGACUACAUGGGUGCUUCGUUAUUACGUUCUUCGACAUGCAGAAAUUUCUGAUCCAGAGGCAUUUAUAUUAGAACAGCAUGAAAACUCUACUGCUUUGUCGAAAGUACGAAAAGUAUUGGAUUUACGUCGUGUUUUACAGGUAGACACAAACAUUUCUCUGAAAGUUGGAAGCCAAAAUUGGAUUCUUGCCAUUCAUUACAAAGCAAAACAUGGUGGAAAAGUAAAGGUCAUUUAUUUGGCAGCUCAUAGCGAAGCAGUUAGUUCUAACUUCUACACUAGUUGA